GGACGGUAUUUUUUAUCUAUAAAGCCGCUGUCACACUGCCACACAAUGUUUAGAGAAUUCAAGCAAAUAUGCGAUAAAAAAAAGAAACGCACAGAAUACGAGCGACUUAAUUAGCCAACAACGCAGGACGAACACGGAGUGCAACCCAAGGAUAGGCGAGCAGACACCUGGAGAGAAUCCGCGAGAGAGAGAGAGAGAGUUCUCCACGUCAACGCUUCUGGCCGGGAACACUUAUCUACGCACCCAGACACGGGAAUCACGUUACGGAACGGAAGGGAAGGGACACGCACACACUCCUCCAUACACGAUACACGAUGUAUUGCCUGCAAUGCCUGCUGCCGGUGCUCCUCAUACCAAAGCCCACAAAUCCAGCGCUGAUGGAGACGCACGUGAUGUUCAUAGUGCUCUAUCUGGUGGGAUUCUUUCUGGAGCGAAAGCCCUGCACCAUCUGCAGCGUGGUGUUUCUCACCGCCGUCUCCCUGAUCUGCUACAGCGGCGUGGGCAACUGCAUCUUCUGGGGCAACUGUGAGGGGCAUCAGUGUGAGAAUGGCUAGAGAAGAUCGACAAGCCCAAAGCCAGAUCGUAGCGGUGGCAGUAGUAGUAGGCAACGAAUUGGAAUUGGCGUGGAGUGCAAGAGGAGUAGGAGGAGUGCUAAUCAUAAUAAUAAUUAUUAUAACAUGAAAUUACGUUCGCGUUGUUACAGCUUUACACAUCCUAACGAAAAAGAAACGAUAUAUAGGAGACGGAGAAGGGAGUUAGAGAGAGGAUAAUUUGCACAAAAAUACAAACUGAAAAAUCGGUGAUACAAGAGUGAGUGAGUCCGACCAGGCGGUGUAGAGAAGGAGUAUAGAAUGUUGUUCUUUGUGUGUGUUUUUAUUUAAAUUCCAAACAUUGCUCCCCAACUGUUGAGCCCCCACCACCAAGAAACAUCUGUCAUUCUUUAAGUGUUAGUCAUUUGCGAAACAAAAAAAUUGUAUUUGUUUUUAAGGCUUAGACGAAACGAAUUUGAUUUCGAAAGGUUUUACCAAUAGCGCUACAAAAACGUAUUGUACAUCACGUAACCCGCCCCAUCCCCCCCCCCACUCGUCAAUGCAACUUAAAAUUAGUCAUACACACUAUAUAUACAUAUAUACACUUAAAGCUAAUUAUACAAAAAACAAGGAUAAUUGUAAAGAUAGUACUGGUAUGAGCCAAAGGAAGCUGCUACUGACAUCGGUUGUUCGUUCCCCCUGUUGCCCCCCGUCGUGUGUGCACAUGCAAAUUGUAUAUAAACAUACGGAUAUAUCUUACACACUGAUUAUUAUAUAUGUAUACUAUAUAUAACUGAUAAAUAUAUAUAUGUAUGUAUGUAUAUUCUUAACUGAUUAACAAAACAACAAAAAGUAUGUAAAAAAAAAUAUUGUUCGAUUUUUGCGAAUUUGUAUGAUUUUGAGCCGCGAAUGAAAACAGAAAGCAAGUCUAGAAACAUAGAAAAUAAAAUAUAUAAAUGA